CGGCCCGGCCCCGUCCGGCCCCGUGUGGGCGGGGCGGGAUAAACAUGGCCACCGAAGGAGACGUGGAGCUGGAGUUGGAAACCGAGACGAGCUGCCCGGAACGGCCACCGGAGAAGCCUCGGAAGCAUGACAGCGGUGCGGCGGACCUGGAGCGAGUCACCGACUAUGCGGAGGAGAAGGAGAUCCAGAGUUCCAACCUGGAGACGGCCAUGUCUGUCAUCGGAGAUAGGCGGUCCCGGGAGCAGAAGGCCCGACAGGAGCGGGAGAAGGAACUGGCAAAGGUCACUAUCAAGAAGGAAGAUCUGGAGUUGAUAAUGACAGAGAUGGAGAUCUCCCGAGCAGCGGCGGAAAGGAGCUUGCGGGAACACAUGGGCAACGUGGUGGAGGCACUCAUUGCCCUAACCAAUUGAUUCAUGCUUUUUCAGACAGGACUCCUGUGCUAACUUACUGCAAUAAAGAUUUUUUUCUUUUGCAGUUUUA